CUGAUUGGUCGAAGCACCUGGCUCAGCCUUGACUGGCUCACGGGUCAAACUAGAGCAGUGUCUCCUUCAGGCUCUAAUUUAUUUUGUCUUCACUGGGUUCGUGCUAAAGUGAAUAUUUCUGACACAAGGACAUUCCAGCGUGUAAAGACAUCGGGCCUGACGUGUGGCCGAUGCGGACUCCGGGCGCGAUGCUGCUGAACAUAUGGCGGAACAACAACUGACAGAGCGUCUGUCUCAUGUAAAAAAUAAAGAGGGUGUUUCCACUCGCAGCCUGUCAGCCCGGGUCUAAAAUGAUCUCAGGAAAGCAUUUCAAAGCUCAUGAAGUGAGCUGCUGCAUCAAGUAUUUCAUCUUUGGAUUCAACAUCAUCUUCUGGUUCCUUGGAGUGGCAUUUCUAGCCAUCGGUUUAUGGGCAUGGAGCGAAAAAGGGGUCCUCUCGAACAUUUCGUCCAUCACCGACCUGGGGGGCUUUGACCCUGUGUGGCUUUUCCUGGUUGUGGGAGGUGUUAUGUUCAUCCUGGGAUUUGCUGGUUGCAUCGGAGCACUGCGAGAAAACUCCUUCUUGCUAAAAUUUUUUUCAGUUUUUCUGGGAAUUAUCUUUUUUCUGGAGCUGACUGCUGGGGUCCUAGCAUUUGUUUUCAAAGACUGGAUCAAGGACCAGCUUAACUUUUUCAUCAAUAACAACAUUCGUGCAUACAGAGAUGACAUUGAUCUACAAAACCUGAUUGACUUCACCCAAGAAUAUGUAAGUUUAUGUAGUUUUGUAUCCAGCAACAAUGGAUUAUAAGAUCAUGUAGGCGAUUGUGCCUGUCCCUGGGCAGCACCGGGGGGCUUGAGGGGGCAC